UAAUUGAGCCCGGAUUGACGGUUGUUGGGCCCCUUAAGUGUCCACGUGGAUUUAAAAAAACCAUUUGUAAUCAAGAGGCCAGCAGUACUAUACAGUGUCCCACAUAUACAGUAGUCUUACGUGGAGUUUUGUCGUUUCUGAACGGACACAACAAAUAUGACAUUACGUAGAAUUCAAACUCCUUUAUCUUUUUGGCUAUUAUUCAGCCUUUCCCAAUGACCAAACUGACAAAAAUGACAAUUUCCUCCGAUUUCUGAAUCCGCUCCAUAACGUCUGACCCUAUCACGUCGCGAUUGAGUGAUUUCUCUUUCACCAACACCUCUCUCUCUCUCUCUCUCUCGAUGAAAAUCUCUGACUCGAGAGUUCUGUGACUCCCUGUCACAAAAUCUGCAUGUGUACGUCGUCGUUUGCGCGCCACCCCUGUAUCUCUCUCUCAUAAAUGCUAGUUAUUGGUUGCGAAGCGUUUGGGAGUUCACAAAAGAAGCUAGACUCUUUUCUGUCUUUUCUUCGAUUUUUUUUCCCCAUUUGAUUGCAAGUUAUUAAAAUCGUCAAUUUCUCAAAAACAAUUUAUAUUCUGCUUUUAGAUUCGUAAUUAAUUAUGUCCAUGCAAUCGAGUAAUUACCCGUAAAAAAUCCCAUUAAGCAAUGAUAAAUACAUAUUAUUAAUGCGUUUGUCAUUUUUCUACUCUAUAUAAACCACCCAUGCACGGGUUUUUUUCAAAGUGGUCUCUCUUUCGGUUAAACCAGAAACCACAGCAACAAAGGAGGCAAAGGUUAUGCCAAAUAAAGAGAGGAUCUAGAAAGAGAAAAGGUCAUGCAUCUUUUCUGAUAUAACUAGAACACGAUUCCUCUAGCUUUAAACCUACCUCAUCUCGUUUCACUUCUCCUCCCCUUUUUAAUGCACCCAUGAAAUAUGUGAAAAGAAGAGUACGUUUUGGUUUCUGUUCUUAAUUCUGGCGAUCGAUGGUUAGGAUGGCUGCUCAGGGACAGUUUUACCAAGAAACUACAGGUUUUCCCAUGACUGGCCAACAGGAUCCACCUUUUGGGUUUGUUGACGACUUUCGUUUUAGCCUUCCUCAACACAGUCAGUUUCCUCUUCAGCGGAGCACUCAAAAGUUGUGUAAUUUUGAUAGCAACGAAGGGGUUACAUCUUCUUCGAGUUGCAAUAGCUUCCCUCCAAUGGGCUUUUUUCAAUCUUUGGAUGCUCAGUUUAAGUUGGAGAGCCAGGAGAUAGACCACAUUCUUCAUUUACAGUACGAAAGGUUGAGACUAUCUCUGCACGAGCAAAGGAAGCAAGAACUCGCAGUCAUCUUGAGUACUAUAGAAUCGAAAACGUCGAGUUUGAUUAGGCAAAAAGAAGACGACUUGGCACGAGCAACAAUGAGAACAAUGGAGCUCCAAGAAUGCGUGAGAAAAGCCGAAACGGAUAGCGAAACAUGGCGAAGGAUUGCCAAAGCAAGCGAAGCCACGGUGAUAGAUCUAAACAACAGGCUCGAGCAGGUCAAAGAGAGAGUGGUUUUGGAGAGGAAUACAACCGAAGAUGCAGCGUCGUUUUGUGGUUCAUGUGAGAGAGAGGAUAUAGGACAAGUAGAGGCAAAAAGGAAUAGCAAAAGCAUGACUUGUAAGGGCUGCUACUCUCGUAGCUCGUGUGUUCUUUUUCUUCCUUGCAGACACCUCUGUUCCUGCAAGUAUUGUGAAGCUUUUCUUGAAUCUUGUCCCGUGUGUAACACUGUUAAGGACGAGAGCAUGGAGAUUUUCUUGGUCUAAAACAAGGAAGCACCGAACAAAAAAGGAAAAGCAAAAAGACCGAAGGAAAGGAAAAUGUUUGUGAGAAAGAACUCACACGUUGAUACGGAUACCUGUACCGUCAUCAUAUCAUAUUUUAUCGUUUUAUGUUUUCUCUACUUUUUUCCCGGGGUCCAAUAUCGGAUUCUUUUGUACUGCAACAGUUGUACAUGUAUCGAAAUGAUGAUGACAGUAUAGUAAAGAAUCUUCUCCUUUUUCCUCU